GCCCUCAGAGUCCGCCUCCUUUCCUUUUUCCCUCGAUUUCGAUAAGUCCUUCCAUGGCGAAGGAGGAAUGGAGCAUCGCAGACUUCGAGAUUGGCAAGUUCAUAGGAGAAGGCAAGUUUGGGAAGGUCUACCUCGCCAGGGAGAAACAAAGCGGGUAUGUGGUUGCCCUAAAGGUGAUCUUCAAGGCGAAGCUGGAGAAAUACCGAUCGCACUCCCACCUCCGGCGGGAAAUUGAGAUCCAACACAACUUGAACCAUUCGAACGUCCUGCGCCUCUUCGCAUGGUUCCAUGACGAGACGCGCGUUUUCUUGGUCUUGGAAUAUGCAGCCCGCGGCGAGCUCUACAAAGUACUCAAGAGCCUUCAUCAUUUUUCUGAGAAGAGAACUGCCACCUAUGUUGCGAGCUUAGCGGGAGCACUGGCGUAUUGCCACGGGAAGCAUGUGAUCCACCGGGAUAUCAAACCGGAGAAUCUGCUGCUAGAUAUUGAGGGUCGACUUAAAAUUGCUGAUUUUGGUUGGGCCGUGCAAUCAAAUUCUAAGAGGAACACCAUGUGUGGCACCAUCGACUACCUUGCUCCAGAAAUGGUAGAGAAGAAGGAACAUGAUCACGCUGUUGAUAAUUGGACUCUAGGUAUUCUUUGUUAUGAGUUCCUUUAUGGUGUUCCACCAUUUGAAGCUGAAGAUGAGUAUGUCACUUUCCGGAGGAUCAUGAAAGUUGAUUUGAAGUUCCCAUCUGAGCCUCAUAUUUCUGCUGAAGCCAAGGAUCUCAUUAGUAAGCUCCUUGUGAAGGACUCAUCAAAGAGGCUCUCCCUCCAUAAGAUCUUGAUGCAUCCUUGGAUUGUCCAAAAUGCAGAUCCUUCAGGCAGCUGUUUUGAGUAAGCUCUCUAUUUAUAAAGGUGUAAAAGAUGUCAGUAAUAUGUGCAGUAAGGGUAGUGCUUGGCUUGAUCUAAUGGCAUUUCGGAACCAAUGUGGAAUUUGGCCCAUAAUUUGUAGUGAAACUGCCCAUGAUUUAAGUUGUUUAUGAAAGGAAGCUUUUAACAGUUUGGUCA